UGUUUAAUGGGAUUUCUUUCCUAGACUGGUGUACUCUUUACUUUAUGUAGGACAUUGGCUGCAUGGCCUCACAACUGCUGUUAUUAGUAAUACAGGCUUAACUUUGUGACUGGAAACUAAACUGAUGAAAGCAAUUCCAUUUUUAGCAUCCUAGUAGUGGAAAACAUAGCCAUAGGUAUACUAAAAUAUUAGCAGCAGCAUUUUUUGGUUAGUUGCAUAAGUUAUAGUUUAGUUCUGAUUUUUUUUUUUUUUUACUAAACAAAUUUAAUAGCAAGUAUGAAAUGGGGCAUGUUUAAAAAGUUGUGUUUCUAGCACAUCUUUGGUGCAACAGAAACAGGUGUAAUUUGUAUACAUAUAUUAUUGCAAGUAUUAUAUGGAACCUUGGUGUAAGAGGGACAUUAUCCAAUCAUGUUGUGAAGGUUUUUCAGCUAGUAUACACGUCACAUGUUUCUAGUAGCUGUAGACAGUUAAAGCAGGCAGUAAUAUUUGUUUUCAGGCAAAGGUUUUAUUUCAUGUAUCUGUUGUAUGUAGUACAAUAAUAUGCUUAUUGUGUGUUUUUGCAUCUGGAGGUACAGAAAUUAUAUUUUAGGGUGAACAGAAAUAGUGAUGGGCAAGGUGUCAGAAAGGUGUUGUGUUUCAUACCUAUCUCAGUGCAUUUACAUAGUGGUUACCCCUAAAUACAUGUAGGCAUUUUGGAUAAGUGGAUGUAGUGCCUUUGGGUGCAUGACAUAGCAGCCGUGAUGUUUGAAAGCUGGACCAAGCUGCAAAAGGUUCAGUAUCAGAUGUCACUAGUAGAUUUGGGAAAGAAACUUUUAGAAGCUGCACGAGCAGGUCAAGAUGAUGAAGUUCGCAUUUUGAUGGCAAAUGGAGCACCUUUUACCACAGACUGGCUGGGAACAUCUCCUCUUCAUCUAGCAGCACAGUACGGACAUUACUCCACCACAGAAGUGCUGCUGCGAGCGGGCGUGAGUCGGGAUGCCAGAACCAAAGUGGACAGAACUCCAUUACACAUGGCAGCAUCAGAAGGCCAUGCCAGCAUAGUAGAAGUCUUACUUAAGCAUGGUGCUGAUGUCAAUGCGAAGGACAUGCUCAAAAUGACUGCACUUCACUGGGCUACUGAACAUCACCACCAAGAAGUUGUAGAACUCUUGAUAAAGUAUGGAGCAGAUGUUCAUGCUCAGAGUAAAUUUUGCAAAACGGCAUUAGAUAUUGCAGUAGACAAUGGAAAUGAAGACAUUGCAGAAAUAUUGCAGAUUGCAAUGCAGAACCAAAUCAAUACGAAUCCCGAGAGCCCGGACACUGUGACGAUACACGCAGCCACGCCGCAGUUCAUCAUCGGACCUGGAGGGGUGGUGAACCUAACAGAUGAAACAGGAGUAUCUGCUGUACAGUUUGGAAAUUCAUCAACAUCAGUAUUAGCUACGUUGGCAGCUUUAGCAGAAGCAUCAGCUCCACUGUCUAAUUCUUCAGAAACACCAGUUGUGGCCACAGAAGAAGUUGUGACUGCAGAAUCUGUGGAUGGGGCCAUUCAGCAAGUGGUCAGUUCUGGAGGUCAGCAGGUUAUUACCAUAGUUACAGAUGGCAUUCAGCUGGGUAACCUGCAUUCCAUUCCAACCAGUGGGAUAGGGCAGCCCAUCAUUGUGACCAUGCCAGAUGGGCAGCAAGUGUUAACAGUUCCAGCAACAGACAUUGCUGAAGAAACUGUAAUAAGUGAAGAACCGCCAGUGAAGAGACAGUGCAUUGAGAUUGUUGAAAAUCGUGUGGAGUCUGCAGAAAUAGAAGAAAGAGAAACUCUUCAGAAACAGCUGGAUGAGGCAAACAGAGAAGCACAAAAAUAUCGUCAGCAGCUUCUAAAGAAGGAACAAGAAGCAGAGGCCUAUCGGCAGAAGUUAGAGGCAAUGAACCGCCUCCAGACUAAUAAAGAAGCUGUUUAAUAAAAAAUGAA